GAUUCACGAGCUUUUGACGGGAAUCGUCGUCGGCCGUGCUGACCUGAAGCUGUCGUUCUCUGGAAGCAACGGAGGGCGUCGAAUUCCGACACAUGAGCGCGCUGCAGAAAUGUCAUCGCCCGGAAGGUGUCGGCGUCCGAGAGGAUAUGAAAUACGGAAAAACAUAAUGAGCCCAAGCGAUCAAGCACGCACCACGUGAAGGAGCCUCGUUAGGACGAGGCGCAGUGACAUUCUGUUGCCUGACAUUGAGCGUCGUGUCGAAAUCGCUGGACUCGGACAUUUUAAGUCACUGCAGAUUUCUUGAAGCUUGAAUCCUAGAUUGAUCGCUGUGCCGCAUAGGGAUGUGAAAUCCACCGAGCAGUCGACUAGGAGAAGCUGUCUCAAGAGUUUAUAGGGUUUGAAGACUCGCAUUAAAAGCUGAGAAGACCACAACUUCGGCAAAUUCGAAGCAAAGCAAGGGAAGGUAGUCUGGCAUGUACGGGACUUCCUGCAGUAGAUCAAAUUGCUACAAAUUGACACCAUUACUGAUCCAUCCUGUCGGGAUUCGAUCUAACGCUCGUCGAUUGCUGCUGAUGACGCGGAUUUUAUGUCGAGCUUUUCCUUGUACCGCUACUUUCAUCUCUGCCCAUCCAGCUCAUGGCAAUACUGCCUAGCACAAGCGCGGAAAAAAGUACGAACAGGAGGCACCAGGACAGAAUCCAUAGUUUUGGUGUCAACCGAGGAAUUCUUGCAAUCCUGGAGGGAACGGCUUGGGGACAGAAGGAACGAGGAAGGAGGCAACAGCGGCAGCUUAUACCGGGGCUGCCCGACGAUCCAGUAAUCGAAUCCAUCUGGGUUCGAUUACGCUACGCAACUAAGCACGAGGUGGCGACAAGCGAUCGAAAGUGGGCGAGUCCGCGAAGCCAGACUAGUAGCAUAGGCAAGCAAGCACAGGGCUCACGGCUGAGUGACUUGGAAGAGCAGGAUCAGUCCGUGACAGGACAUCGAGGACGAAUCAGCUAUGUUGAAUAACACGAUAUACGGUACCUGCAGGUCGUGGUGAAGUUCUCAGUUCGCAGAAACGGCAGAGUAAUCGAUGCAGUCUCCGAAAUCAAGCCGCCAGCCCUUUAGGAUCGAAGGUUUACGAAGUCUUGUGUGUAAUUAUGAUUGAACUCACGAAAUUCACUGCAUCCGCCGCUAUCUUUGAUAGCCAGUGCUUGUGUCAUUCGUUCUCGAGGUGUCUUUUGUUUUCGUCCCUCGAGCCCAUUGCCGCUGGACUCAUACGAGUAAAGAGCCAAGAAGGAAUUCGCUCCUUGCACCUUCCAAGUUUGGUAGAUGCUCUUGCGCAAUGGAUGGUCGGUUGAGAGUGAAAUGAGAUCCAUUCCAACAGGGGGACAAAGGACCUUUCUCCUUUCGCCGAGGCCGUUAGUGUGGAUCUCCCUCCAGCUGGCGGAAUCUUGUCGAUCGCAAUCGCUCUGUUUCUACAAGCUAGAAACAAUACGAGUUUUAACAUGUUGUCGUGCACAGCUUCCUUCCUGUAAGGUCUUGGAACGUUCUUGGCAUUAUUGAGUCUCGAGCCGUAGUCCUGUCAGACAACUACUACAUCUCGACUCGACAUGGAAGGGUUAUGCCGACUAGCUACUAACGUGGAAUUUCAUGGAGUGAACAUGUUGUGGACUGUACGCUCGUCAGGAACAUCAUAUCGAGUUCAAGCACUAUCUACAUGUGUACCAUUAACGCAUUUCUAGAAAUGGUCUACUGAUUGAUUUGAACGUGCUGUGGAUCAUGUUGCCAAGGUUUCCAUCAUUUCUUGAUGGAUGAAGUUCUCCUUGUUCCGACAAGUUGACGAAUGUGAGAAAAUUAAAUGAAACUGACAACUUUCUUUCAAAUGCUCGAACG